AUGGCAUUUCCGUCCGGCCCGAUCGGCGGUCUUCUCCUGGCUCUGUCUGGCCUGGGCUGGACUCGGAUUGAACUGGGAUAUCGCAUUGGCAUUCAAAUCUCCCGUGUUCCAGCUUUUCUACCUCUCUUUUCCUUUCUUUUUCUCUCUUCUUCGUAUAUCUUCAACUUUCUUUCGAACAUCGUUGUCGCCCUUGUUCUCCGUCGGCGAUUCUUCAAAGGGAUCGGCAUCACCGAGGGAACAAGCAACAAAACAAAAACAAUGCACGCUUCCAAGAUCUUGGCCUCCAUUGGCCUCAUGGCCCUCGUCAAUGCAACUGUCAUUCGCUACGAGCGCGAUCUUCAAGCCGAUGCUCCCGCUCUCGAGAAGCGAGCCGACAAGACCGCCGCUUGGGUCACCGUCGAUGACGAGCAGCAGCCUGCCACGACCUACACUCCCUCGUACACUACCGUCGACGGUACCACGUCCAUCGUUGACGCUGCUCCCCACGACCUCACUGCCACCGUCUACACCUACACCAGCUGGGCCAAGAUAUACACCAGCACUGGCGAGCCUCCCAACCCUCAGGCGACUGGCAAGCACGGCGAGGGUGUCUUUUCGCGAUGCUACAACAAGGAUGGUGAUAAUGCUCCUUUCUGCUCUCCCUACGCGAACAGCACUCUUGAUGCUCGCAGGACAUAUUUCGUGACCUGGGACCCUGACUACUUCAACAAGACCAAGUCCUCUAACAACUCCACCCUCAUGAUCACCCCCCGUCUCAACUUCUUCAACGGCACAAGCAAGAAGUGGGAGAAGUACCAGGACUUCACCGACUCCGCCGUCCCCGCUGCUUGGGGCUACUGGCCUUUCGAUGCCAAGUCGGACUACAUCAAGCACUCGCAUAACAUCUCCCUCACGCUCUACAGCAACAGCAACAACUCGCUGGAAAAGACCGAGUCCACGACUCUAUUUCUCUACCUCCAAGACCAGGACUUCCCCGAGAAGGCGAACGAGAAGCUCCCUGAGGGUCAGACUCUCAUCAUCGCCCUACCCGUCGUCUUUGGUUGCCUUCUCCUUCUCAUUAUCGGUGGUUUCCUGUGGAACCGCAAGACCCGCCACAUCGGGCUCGGUAACAUCUCUGGCCGCGCCCGUCAUGGCUACACCGGUCGUGCUAAGCGCCGCAUUUUUGGUGCCCGUGACAACGGCAUCCAGCUCGAUGCUUCCGUCCCUCCUCCCGGCGAGUACCGCGAUGCUCCUCAGCGUGCUCGUGCCGACAGCGACGGUCUCGGUAGCUUGGCUGGUAGCCCUGUCGAUGCCAACUUCUCGCACCAGGGCACCGGUGGUAAUGCUUUCCGUGAUGAGAUGAGGAGACAGGAGGCGGAGAGGCGUAUGUGA